GAAAAUUUUAAGAAAAUUGUAAACAUUAAAAUUAAUUAAGUGAAAAACGAUGGAAAAUUCAUUCUCAGAGCACUCUAGAACGUCUAGUUAUGAUAAUUUACAGACAGACAGCAGUGAUUUAUCGAAAGUUGCCAAAAAUAUGUUCCAGAAGACAAAGGAUUACCUUAGUUUUGAACUAUCGUCCAACACACUUGAUUAUGAAUUACUUGAUAAGAUGAAUCAGACCGUAGCAAAAAAUAUCGAAUUGAUGAAAAGGACAUCUGAAGACGUUGUAGUAACAAAUGAGGAUCUGAAUCAAAAAUUCCGUGAUCUUGAGCCGUUGAUGAAGGAACUGGAAGAGAUAGAAACGACUGUCAAUAAGCUGGAAAAUGCAGCAUAUAGACUUGAUGCCUAUACACAAAGACUUGAAGAGAAAAUUAAUGAAUAUGUUGUCCAAAAGCAGCAACCAACAUAGAACAAAACAAGUUAAUUCCAUAUCAAGAAUCUGUUAUUAUAAGCUAUAUUUAG